AUGAAGCCAAGCCGUGCACAACUGGGGCGCCUUUUUAGUCCGUCAGUUAUUGCGAGGAACCACCGCUUCCCCCCGCACCUGCGGCAGGCAGCUUAUCUUGUGCCUGCCGUGCCCGGUAGCGCGUGCCGCGCGGAGGAUGCGAGGCGGUUGUUUGGUCGCUGCUGCAAAGAACUCUCUGAGGGAGCGGACGAACGGCACGGCGCGGACAGCAACUGUGCGGAGUCCGUGUUUGACGAAAGUGUGCACUCUCUGCAGCGCCUUGGUUUGGUGUCGUUUGCACACGACGAACCCGCUUCGGGGGGAGAAGCAGAGGUGCGAAGGCUUUGCCGUGAGCCCGUGAUCACGGUCAGGUUGCAUUCCAUCUUUGUGACCUCUUCACAGAGUACUGAGAGUGAGAAGGAGGCGCUUUUUCAGAUGUUGCAUGGCGUCCUUAUCCCCCUGAUUUUCUCUCGCCUCGCCGCUUCUUCGGCGGCUACUCCAUCAAGGCGGAGUCAGCGUGCGGUGGAGGAAGUUUCGGCGGAGUCGUGUUUUCAUUUGCUGCAGCAAUCGAGAGGAACGUGUUCUAGCGUGAAUGGAACCACGUGUCGUUUUAUGAGCGAUUUAGUGGGUGAGGCCCUGCUCCUUGGGGUUCGUGAGCAGCUGCUGUUCCCCUGCGGAGGUGGCCUCUUCCGACUGCAUCACGGGCUGAUGCAGCAGCCUUCGCCGUGUUUGCUGACGCUGCGGUGGUGGUGGCUGCGGAGAGUAGAUGCGUUUCUGCGCCACGCCGUGAAACCCCGUGCGACGGGCGAGAAUGUGCCGCUUGAGGCCGAGAUCGACGCGGCGCAGGAGCGGGUGCGGUAUUGGAUCAAGAAACAAGACACAUCCCUCCCACAGUUUCUUCUUCGCGCCGCCAUGGACGAAGCCAUGGCGUUGGUGGCGGACGCCGUGCGAUGUUGGCGGCCCCGCUCUUCUGUGCAGGGGCAGCCGACGCCCUCUCUGCCCACCUGGCGACUGCAGCUGUUGGAUGAGGCAAAAGCCGCGCUUGCGUUAGAGACGCUGCAGUCCAUUCGGUCGUUACUCGUUCGGCGACCCGCAGGUAUUUCCUUAAGCGAGUUGUCCACGCUUAUCUCGUGGUCGACGCUGUCGAGCCUCCUUCAAAAGAAAAGCCUCUUGAAGACAUUGACGUCGUUUCCCUCUCAUUUUGUCGUGCACAGUGUCCAAGGUGUGGCGGUGGCGCAGCUUCAACUCGGUUCAACGGCAACGAGCGCCAUCAACGCCGCGGAGGUGGCUGCGUGGGUAUUGGGCAGCAGAAAUGAGUCUGUCACCACCGCGACCACUUUUCUUCAGGAGGUAGAUCUUGUCAUACGAGCAGUGGUGUUUCUGCGGAAGCGACACCUGCUUGAGAGGCGAGUCACGUACGAGGACUUACGUGCAGUUCUUGUACCCGCAAAGGACGCCGACGCCGCCGAGGCCUUCUUGGAUGUCCUGCGCCGCUACGAUGUUGUGUCCGGCGUUGGCGCUUCUGGGAUUCCCUCGUGGUCCUCCGUGCAGCAGCAGAGGGUUUGCUUGUCACAGCGAGAGUCCGCUGCGCUGAACGCGAUUGAAACCGCUCGCAAGCGAAAAGGCAGCAACUAUCAGCUUUAUUCGGAGGCGAUUAAACCGUUUCUUUUUCAGUGCAAUGCGGAGGUGACUGCUGCUGGAAUUGCUGACGCGUCCAUGCCUAUUUUACAUUUGCAACGUUGGCUACAAUCCGAGCGUCUCUCUUUAAAUCAGGCAGACCUCGUUAAGGUGCUGCGCGAGGUUUCACUUCCAUUUGCAGUGGAUGAGAAGGCGCAAUGCAUUCGUUUCAGUGGUGGAAAAGUGUCGGGACUCUCGCCAGCUCUCGUGCCGCCGCCUCGAGAAUCUUCAAAAACCUCAACGUUGCCUUCACUAACGCCUCCGCCGCCUCCGCCGCCGCCGCCGCCGCCGUCGCCGCCUUCAGCGUCCGUGGUUGCGGCUCAGAAGUUAACAUUUGAUUCACAGUUGGCGCGUGUAUUAAACGGGCAACAGCCGGAUGCUCUGCUACGCUUUGCGGAGGCCACGAUUCAUGCGGUCUUUGCGCUCCUUUUGCCGCUGGUUUCUGCUCCGUCUGGGAUGCGGCUACAGACGCUGCUUCGCCGCGUCCGCUGGGGGUCCGUGGCCGCAACACUUGGCGUCCUCCCGUCUUUUCUAGAGGCGUUUGAAGGCCUGUUUUUCGACGUCUUCGUCGACAGCAGCGGACAAGUGGAGGGCACAGUGGUGGCGGCGUAUCGCGGCCAUGUGGGGUCUUGGCUUCUGUACGCGCGCCUGAUUUCACGCCUUUUCCCUUCGGGCGUGGACAUUCCACUGCGAAUUAUUGCUGAGGGACUAUCGUGGGGUGUGUGGUUUGCCCCCCGCUUUGGCGAUCUUCCCACGCUGCUGCGGCGUGUGGGGCGCUCCUGUCGAGGCGGGUACCUGCUUGCGCAGAGGGAGAGGGAGACGGCUGCUGGGCCGCCUGCGAAGGAUGAUGCGGUACUGUGGGAACUCUUGGAAAACGUGAGAAGGCGGGAGGGCGAUAAACAGCAACAGCAACGACAAGAAAACAAUGUCGUGGCUGAAGCUCAGAAAUACGUGUUACUUCACCCAACGGAUUUCUGUCAAUACCUGUCUGGCACGAAUGAGGCGGAUGACAAGGGCGACGGUGGCUGGAUGCAACUUGCAGAAGUGGCUGUCCGACGUUUUCCAUUGUUCUUUCAAUGGUCUAGUGCCGCAGCAGAUUCGACGCCGCUUCUGCGUGUUGCAUUGGCGUGCGCCCCUGUACCUAAUGGAGUUGUGGAAUUGGUGGAAGGCUACGUUUGUCCGCUGCUGCGGCAGCGCCCCGGGCCUGGUAUCAGCGUGGCGGAGCUUGAUGUCCGCCUUGGCUGGUCCCGCGGUAACUUUGACACACAUCCUGCCGGCCUAGCCGCUCUUGGCGCUGCCGCCAGUGGCACGUCACUGUACGGUGUUAUUAAACGGUACGUGGAGGUCGAACACCCGCCGCGGCUUCUGCUGCUGCAGGAGGCCACCCAGGCAACCGCGCAUGACGCCGCGAGGGUGCGACCCAAUGCUGCCAUCUAUCAAAGUCCGGAGGACAUGCUGCUGGAGGUGAAUGGCCUGGAAUACGCGGCUAGUGAGAGGGACACGCUGCUGCGUCCCUCCGGCAAGCCCAUCUCUCUGUUUGAGCUGUUGGCCGAGGAGCAGGAGCUGCAGGGAGGUGAAGUGGGCCGCACUCUACCUCGAACAGAAGAGUGGGGUGUCUCGCUCUUGUGUGAUGGAAAAACAGUUGCCGAGUGGGAAAAGGAGUUAACAGAUGGCAGUGGCGACGUUCUGGUCUGGUGUGAGUCCUGA